AUGAAGUUCAAUCCAGUGAUUGGUGGAGGGGUCCAAAAGGUGUUCAGCUAUAGCCGACUUCUGAGGAUCGUUGUUUUUAACAGCUCGUAUAUGUUCCUUUAUGCGACUGGUGAUGGUGCGCUUGGGGUAAAAAUAGUUUUUAUUGCGUAUUUGCUCAAAACCUUCGACAGUUUGUCAGUUACCCCUCUGACGUACGGCAAAAAAGCAGGCUGUCUUGCCACCUCCAUCGGCCUAUUCCGUCUCUGUCGUCGUGCUUUCAGCUUUCCAUCAUAUCCAUUCCGCCGCAGUACGUUCGACAAAUGUUCGAGUUCACCUGACAUAUUAAGACAGGAUGUGGCGGUCAUAUUACGUAAGGCAAAACUUCCUCCCAAGAAUGUUACUAUUAAAGAACUGUCCGCAAUCAAAGAACUUCGCACUGACCCCGACAUAUUAGUAUUAAAGGCAGAUAAAGGCAAUGCGACGGUUGUUAUGAAUGUUAGCGACUAUGAUAAUAAAAUCAACACUUUGCUAAAUGAUUCUUCUACUUAUCAACUCAUGAAUAACAACCCUACGCAACGAGUGAAUCGGGAAACCCUAGCUUUAAUCAACAAACAUAAAGAUGUACUGCCAUCAGACGUCCAUAAGCAUCUAAUACAGCCUAGAAUAGUGCAGCCCCCUAAACUGUAUGGUUUGCCGAAGGUCCAUAAAGACAAUGUCCCACUCAGACCCAUAGUGAGCCAAAUUGACUCACCCACGUAUUACCUGGCAAAACAUGUUGCGAAUGUGCUGCAACCUUUAGUGGGUCGUACAACAUCUCACGUGAAGGAUUCUCGACAUGUCGUAAACAUCUUAAAAGACACUAGAGUUGAAGCGGAUGAGAUCAUGGUCAGUUUCGACGUCGAUUCGCUCUUCACCAAUGUACCCAUUAAAGAUAGUAUAGAUGUCAUAAAGGUGAUUCUGAAUAAAAAUAACAUCCCGAUGGAAUAUGCCAAGUUACUUGAACACUGCUUGGUUACGAGUUACUUUCUGUACAAUGGUCAGUAUUAUAAACAGAUUGAUGGCGUGGCUAUGGGAAGCCCUGUUGCCCCCGUAGUUGCUAACAUCUGGAUGGAACAUUUUGAAAACAUUGCCAUCACAGCCACACCAUCACCAGUUAAACUGUGGAAAAGAUACGUAGAUGACGUUUUUUGUAUUAUGAGGGGUAACCAGGCAGACAUCGAGUGUUACUUGUCAUAUCUCAACAGCAUCCACGACAAAAUAAAGUUCACCUGUGAGGUAGAAAAAGAGAGGAAACUACCUUUUUUGGAUGUUUUAGUUAAGGUACGACCGGAUGGAUCACUCGGCCACUCUGUGUACCGGAAGCCAACUCACACUGACAGGUACCUUCACGCGAGCUCACACCAUCAUCCACUACACCUGAACGCUGUAGUGACGUCACUAGUGAAUCGAGCCCAUGAUCUUUGUGACAAAGAUCACUUACCAGGUGAACUCGAACAUUUGUCGAACGUACUGCGGCGGAAUGGAUAUGAUGGAAAGCUGAAAGCACGACGACACAGACGGAAUAGGCCGAUGGAGGUGGCAAGACAGCCUGCUUUUUUGCCGUACGUCAGAGGGGUAACUGACAAACUGUCGAAGGUUUUGAGCAAAUACGCAAUAAAAACUAUUUUUACCCCUGACAGUAAGAUAGCACAAAAACUGCGAUCGCCCAAAGACCGUAUUCCGUUUGAAACACCCGGUGUCUACAAAAUCAACUGCAGCUGCGGCAGCUCGUAUAUAGGACAAACCAAGCGCACCAUCACCAGUCGCAUAAAGGAACAUAUACGAGCUGUUAAAAACAACGAUCCUCAGAAGUCGGCUAUAGCUGAACACCUUUUGGACCCCUCCACCAAUCACUGGAUUGAACUUCAUAGUCCCCAGGUACUAUCGACAGAACGCCACUACAUACCAAGAUUGGUAAGAGAAGCGAUUGAAAUUGCUAAAUGCAAAAACUUCAAUCGCGAAGAUGGGUUUAAAUUGUCGAGUGCCUGGAAUCCAGUGAUUCAGUAUUACAACAAGACUGGACAGCAACCGACUUCGAGUACGCGCACAAAUGUGGACACAGUCGGCAAAAAAUCUUCUGUAUCUAUGGUAUUGCGGAUGUCUAUGGGCGUCGAUUAUCACUUCGUUAUUCCUGAUUAUAAAAAAGUACUGCGUAAAACAUCGAUAACUCAAAUGCAGUUCACACCUUAA